AUGAUCCUGCGCGGAAGAUACCUACACUGGGCUGUGACAGCUGCAAGCUGUCAGGCCUUUCUCCUCCUGGGAUAUGACCAAGGCGUCAUGAGCGGCUUAAUUGGCGCGAACAAUCAAUUUGGGCAAACAUUCAACAAUCCCGACAGCACGAUGCAGGGUCUCCUUACUUCAAUCUACGAUAUCGGCUGUGCGGUCGGCUGUCUCCUCAGUCUCGUCAUUGGACACAAAUUCGGUCGCCGCAAGAUGAUUAUCGCCGGUGGUUCGAUCAUGAUCAUAGGGACAAUCAUCCUCGGCAGCUCCUAUACCGUCCCUCAAUUCCUCGUUGGUCGAAUUGUGACUGGCCUUGGUAACGGAAUCAACAGCAGUACUGUUCCUGCAUAUCAAUCCGAGCUAGCUCGUCCAGAGCAGCGUGGAAUGUUGCUCUCUGCUCAAGGCACCGUUACAAUUCUCGGUCUCUGCAUUGCAUACUGGCUGGACUAUGGACUGAGCUUCGUAGAUACACCCGUUCAGUGGCGGUUCCCAAUCAGUUUCCAGGCUUUCUUUGCCAUCUGCCUAGUUUUGCAGAUGAUUCCUCUGCCCGAUUCCCCACGCUGGCUGUGUGAACAAGAUCGCAGUGACGAGGCAGCGUCGGUCCUGGCACGGUUACAACUAGAUCAGCCCGCUGAUGAGUCUAGUCCGGAGGUUGUCCUUCUACGUCGUCAAAUCGAAUCGUCUAUCGAGAUUGAGUCUGCUGGCGGACCCUUCAAGUACAAGGAGCUAUGGUCGGGUGGCCAGAUGGGAAAUCUUCGACGCAUGAUCUUGGCUGCUGUUGUCAAUAUCCAGCAGCAGUUUACAGGCUCUAACAUGAUCAACUACUAUGCCCCCAUUGUCUACCAGAAUGCUAUGAAUCUAUCUCGCAACCUAUCGUUGGUUCUCGGCGGCUGCACCAUCUCUCGCAUACCUUGUUGGCUCCGUUAUCCCCUUGUGGAGUUCUAUCCUUCUGAGAUCUCGACUACUCGUAUUCGGGCUAGAGCUCAAGCUUUUGGUGGCUUCGUCAAUUGGAUUUGUGUUUUCAUUGUCGUCCAGAUUACGCCAACCGCGAUUGACAAUAUUGGAUGGAAAACAUUUAUCAUCUUCGCCUGCUUCUGCUUUGCCUGGAUUCCGAUGGUCUUUUUCUUCUUCCCCGAGACCAAAGGCCUGGAACUGGAGGAUGUCGAUCACCUCUUCUCGAGAGGUGGAAUUACUGGAGGAGUUUGGGCAACUAGAGGUUAUCCCGUUCUCCCCGGGCACCAUCGAACUUUGGAUACUGGGGGGAAUGAAAAGCCAAUGAUCGAGACCGCACACAUCGAGGUAUGA